UCGUCACCGUCACCAUCAAAACGCAAACGCCCCUCCAGCCGCUACGCCCCUCCAGAAAAAUACGCCCACCUCGCUCCCUUAACCGACAUCCUCACACCCAACCUCAUCUGCGUCUUCGUGGGUUUCAACCCAGGAGUCCGAACGGCGACCUCCGGUCACGCCUACGCUCACCCGAGCAACCUCUUCUGGAAACUCCUCCACAGCUCCGGGUGUACCGACCGCCGUCUCGAACCACGAGAGGACGUCGACUUGCCACGCCUAUACCGCAUGGGCAAUACCAACAUCGUUGCGCGACCCUCGCGAGAUGCGGCGGAACUGAGCAAAGCGGAGUCCGCAGCUGGAACGCCAAUCUUAGAGGAGAAGAUCCGGAAGUUCAGACCGGAGGCGGUGUGUAUUGUGGGCAAAGGGAUCUGGGAGUCGAUUUGGAGGUGGCGGUAUGGGAGGAAUAUCCGGAAGGAUGAGUUUCGGUAUGGGUGGCAGGAUGAGAGGGAGAAGAUGGGGAAGACGGAGGAUUGGGAGGGUGCGUGGGUGUUUGUGGCGACGGCGACGAGUGGGUUGGCGGCGAGUUUGAGGCCACAUGAGAAGGAGGCGAUUUGGAAGCCUUUUGGGGAGUGGGUGAAGUCACGGAGAGAA